AUGGGAGAAGCCGGUGUGCAUGCUCAGCUUUCUUUGAAACAGAAAACAAUCUACGCGAACAUCUCGAAGAAUAUCGGUCCCGCGAACAGCACCUGCAAGCUGAACUCGAGCGGUGUCGAACCCAUUCAAGGAUCAAUGGCGAUGACUGCCGAGACAGGAGCGAUAACGAUCAAGGCGAAAGCGAUGAUGACAGAAACGCCGGAAAUACUAUUGGCGCAGCUCGUGAGCGAAUUCAUUAGACAUGCCGGUAGACAUGAUGGAGCAUGUGAUAGAAAGCGAGCAUUCGUCAAGAAAACAUGCGAUGAACUACGCGAACAAUCCGACAUACAACUAGCUCUCGCAAUGAGGCAGUGUCGAUCGGGAGUUAUCAUGGGGAAGAAACGGAAAUGGGACGUGGCAACUUUGGGCUCCGAUUUCUCGGGACCUCGAGCCGACUUCGACGGCGGUAUGACGGCUUUGGACAAAAGUCUUCGCCAGAUCAAUGAGAGUGACAGUCUUCGCCAGCUUGGCUCAGCUCACAUUGAUCUAUCUGCACCCUCAAUUCCGAUGCAGUCGCCUAUAACAUUACCUCGGCUGGCCACCAUGGCCGAUCCUAUUAACCCGAACAUGUCAUCGGAGGAAAUGUACUUCAAUACCGGAGAAGGUCAAACCCAAGGUUUUGACUUGCUACAAGAUUUUGAUGCCCCUAUCCUUCAGAUUAUGAACAGUGUCCCAGCAUUGACGACCGGAUGGGCGGCACAAGACGAUAUUAUAGAUAUGACCACAGAAGUUACAGCAAUGAGCGCUAACCCUCUGUGCUUCCACCCGGACCCUCAAACGUGA